AAAAAAACAAAAACAAAAAAAAUUCUGUCUGUACGUACCAUCUGCUCCUCCACAGCUUUUUCCUUGGUGGGUAUGGGAACAGAUUGUGCUGCUGCUCAUUGACUGCUCACAGAAUUGUGUUGCAGAGAAGUCGUCACCCCUCAGCCCCAACAAGAUUCUGCUUUUCUGAAAGUUCUCCUCUUUUGCACCCUUUUUCUGUUCAUUCAAAGGAACAAAAGGAGGGGGCUUUAGGAAAAAAAGAAGAAAAGUUCUUCAACCGACAGCUACCGGAGCAUAAUCUUUCUGGGUUUCUGAUUUCUCAGAUGCCUCCAUCCUCAUGGGUUCUUCCUAUGAAGGAACAGAAGAGAAAGAAUGAAGCUUCAGCUUCCUUUCCAUGUGCCCAUUUGGACUGAUGCUUUGAUUUACCUUCCUCAGUCCUUCUCUCCAUCUCCUGUUUGCUCACUGUCAGCUUUAUCUCCUGUUUGUCCUGUUUCUCUCCAGUCAAGGACCUUGGUUUUUAGGUGUGAAGUGUCCAAUGGACUCACAAAAGAAGUUACUUAUAGCGCUCAUUGUUGCUUGCUCUUCGCUGGGCGCAAGUGUGCUCUUUUCAGUAUGUUGGUGGAGCUUUCACAGCAAGCGUAAGCGCAGAGCACAAAGAGAUGGUGCUCAGAGCUCAGAUUCUGAGGAAGCAGCAAUGGGGCUGUCGGUGCCUUCGUUGUUGGAUAGAUUCAGUUCCUUGAAGAUGGUUAACAGGAACGUCUCUAUUCUAGUGAUGGACUUAAAGAUGUUGGAAAAGGCGACGAAUGGUUUUAAGGAGAGCAACAUAUUGGGGCAAGGCGCAUUCGGCUGUGUUUACAAGGGGAUGUUGGAUGAUGACAUGCAUAUUGCUGUCAAGAAGCUUGAUUGUGGAAGCCAAGAUGCCUCCAAAGUAUAUGAGAUUGAGGUGGGUUUCUUAAGUAAAAUGCAGCACCAAAAUAUCAUCUCGCUGUUGGGUUACUGUAUCCAUGGUGAGGCGAGGUUUAUUGUUUAUGAACUAAUGCAAAAUGGUUCUUUGGAGACUCAAUUGUAUGGGUCUUCAAAUGGUUCAGCAUUGACAUGGCACAAACGGAUGAAAAUAGCUCUUGACACGGCUAGAGGCUUAGAGUAUCUGCAUAAGCAUUGCAAGCCCCCAGUCAUUCACAGAGAUCUGAAGUCAGCUAACAUACUUCUAGAUGCUGACUUCAAUGCCAAGCUUGCAGAUUUUGGGUUAGCUGUGACCGAGGUGACCCGGAAGAAAAACAGGGUAAAGCUUUCGGGCACUUUGGGUUAUGUAGCCCCAGAAUAUGUUUUGGACGGUAACUUGACUGAUAAGAGUGAUGUCUAUGCUUUUGGAGUUGUGCUUUUGGAGCUCCUCUUGGGAAGAAGGCCUCUAGAGAAACUAGCACCCACUCAGUGCCAAUCUGUUGUUGCAUGGGCCAUGCCUCAGCUGACCGACCGAUCUAGGCUUCCAGAUAUUGUGGAUCCUGUAAUUAAAGAUACAAUGGAUGUCAAGCACUUAUACCAGGCAGCUGCUGUUGCUGUUUUGUGUCUGCAACCAGAACCGAUCUACCGGCCACUGAUAACGGAUGUACUGCACUCUCUCAUUCCGCUUGUACCCGUUGAGCUUGGGGGAACACUGAAGACCGAGCGAUCAGCACCCUACUGAUCAUAUAAUAUAUUUCGGAGAUACGGGUGGUCUCAAGAGGGUACCGGUUUAGUCAAGAUCGUCAACAAGAGUUUCUGCAUAGAUAUAGUAACAGGCAAUUCGCAGCUUAUAUUGAAAGAGAAUUGGCCUGAUAGAAGAGAAAGAGGUGCGUGUUCUAACAUCAUCGACGAGAUGCGGCUGUACAGGAGAAAUUCUUAGACAGGCAAACAACAGUUCUUCGUUUGGGUGACUAUAUAGAUUAGGUACAUUCAGUUAAUUGCUUGCGCUUCUUCUCUUCUCAUUUGGAUGAUUACGGCCAGGAAAGAAAUCAAAUCAUGAAGCUUUUCGGAGCAAACAGUCAUUGGCAGUAUUCCCUAGUUUUUGUUGUUGCGAGAGCUCAAUUGUAACUUGAUGCUUACGCUGUCCUUUUCCUUCAUGGAUCCAGAAUUCCACCAUUGGUGAAAUCCCUUGUGUGCAAGAGGGGUUCACUCAUAAGUUCCAUUA